UCUAAGAAUCCAAUGCUAUCACCACCGUCGAAGGGGGGAAGUUUUGGAAAACCUAUCAGGAUCUCUUCUCCUAUAAUUUUCCCCACCAUGACGAGCUUCUUAAUAUUCUUCUACGUUACUUGUGUAUUUCCUGUCAAGGUUAUGUUGCUGUUGAAUACAGUAUUUGGCAAUUAUUUCCAUGAUAUAUGUAGCAUUGAGGAACGGAAGAUUAAUCUCCUUUUACGAAUGAUUGAACUUUAUAAACCAUACGCUACCUUUAAAGGAAUCUUUGAUGACUCGAAUACGGAGAAGCUAAGAAUGGAGGUUAGAUUGGAUGAAGCAGAGACAAAUAUGUUAUACUUUGAUCCCAAAUGCAUCAACUGGGAGGAUUACUUCAUGAAUGUUCAUAUUCCGGGUCUUGUCAAAUAUGUUUUUAAGUGAUAAUGCGUUGGAUCUCCUCUGAGAAGUUUUAUCAUGGUUGCUAAUGCUGAUAUUAAUUGUAGAUUUAAUAUCCUAGCUAUACAUUAUAAUGACAAUGAUGAUGAUGAUUAUCCACCUGUUCAUCAUCACAGAUUUUGGAAAACGGGGUGACAAAGAUACUCCUCCUCUGUUGGAUGGUGCUUAGCCUGCGUAAGAAGAAAAUAAAAUAAAGAAUCACUUGAAAGCUCCUGAAUUUUUUCCUAUUCGGAUGGAGCACUUUAUAUGAGCUUAUUGAUAUAAUUUUUCGCUUCACCGAUUCUUUUACUUAUAUUUUUAUCUUCUGUUUCUUUCUUCA